GGUGAGUUCAACUGGCCUGUUUCUUAUCGUCCUUGAUGAAUUCGAGAUGACGAGUCUGAAUACGCUAGAACGGGGUUUCCUCGUUCUGGUGUAUGUGACGAGUCCCAUUUAUUUACCAUUCAUGCAUUAUCUGAUCCCCAUCGUCUGACGUAUCGAUCGAACGACUUGCUGAUCCAAAGUUUCAGACCCCAACAUGCCUAUUCGCGUUGCAGACGAUGAUUGGUCAGAUUCUGAUGACGAGGUCGUCACCGGUGUCGAAACAGAUGUGUUACUUGGGGUGCCAGACGGUAGUGUGGAGAGUGACAAUGACCUGAGAGACGCUGCUGUCUCUCGCAUCGGUGGUCUCCCCGCUCUAUUGCCUUCGCGGGAGCCACCAUUUCCUUCUUCGCAAUGCAACAACUGCUCCAAUCCAAUGGAACUCCUCGUUCAAAUAUGGUGUCCAUUUGAAGACAGCACAAUGGACAGGGCUUUGUAUAUCUGGGGAUGCGCACGUGCGUCCUGCCAAAGACAGCCUGGGAGCGUACGUGCUUGGCGGGCAUUGAGGUAUAACGCUGAGUACGCUGCAAAACUGGAGAAAAAGAAAGCUCGUAAGGACGCACAGAGGAAGGCUGCGGGUCCUGCUCCUGUUAAUGACGCAAACCCAUUUUCCAUGCAAACUCCUGCUGCGCCGUCAGCAUUUGGUUUAGGGGACCAAAUAUUUGGGCAGGCUUCUAAUAGCCCCUUUGAACCCUCACCGGCCAAGGAAGUACACAAGGAUGACGACCAAAGUGACGACGAAAGCGAGGCCUCGUCGACUGAGGACUCAUUGAUUACGGCCAUGGCCUCGACUACCAUUCGGGAGUCGCCAUGGACGGCAGCGCCAUCAUAUCCUGCGACAUAUCUCUCCACGAUGACUGAAUACAUUCCACCGGUACCAAAAACUAAAAUUCCAGAGAACGCACGGAUGGAAGAUCCAGCAGACGAUGACAAAGGAGGAAAGGAUGGUUCCUGGGGAUUGGAAACCUAUGAGAAUACACUAAAAGUAGAUCUCGUUUUUGAACGAUUCACCAAACGGAUAAACCAUGCAGCGGACCAAUGUCUCCGCUACGAACUCAAUGGGACUCCGCUUCCGUUUGCAUCCGACAAGGUUUUUGAGGUCCUCUUCCCAGCCCCACCUCAAGACCCGCUUCCCGUAACAGGGGCUGCAUUCAAGGUUGUCUCACCUGUCAGGCGUUCAUACAAUGUGUCGUCGAUUCCACACUGCUCUGUGUGCAAAUCGAGCCGAGUAUUUGAAUGCCAGCUCAUGCCAAACCUCAUAAAUGUCCUAAGAGCCGCGGACAAGGACAAAGACACUGAUUCAGACCGAAAACUGACGGACGCAGAAAGAAUCAAGGCAGUUCAAGACGCUCUGAAAUCCAACCAAACUAGCGAUAGAAGGGGUAUGGAAUGGGGUACUUGUAUGGUGUUCUCGUGUGGAAAGGACUGCUGUCUGGACGAGGGUGGCAAGGAUGCGAGGGAGUGCUGGAGGGAGGAACAUGUGUUAGUGCAGUGGGACGAGUAGUGAAGUGUAAUGUAAUUUUAGCGAUCGUCGAUACACACGGGUCUUUUAUGGAGAGUGCUUCUCCCCGGA